AUGUCGAUGAGCGUUAAAUCCAAGGCGCCUGCGCGGAGCGCGGCCCGCGCUCGGGCGGGCGGGCGUGGCGCAUGCGCGGAGGGCGGGCGGCGCCUCCCCCUGCCCGGGCGCCAUUUUGGGCGGCGCUGCGGGCCGGGCCGGGCGGGCGGUGCCGGGGCUGGGCCGCCCGGUGGCCGCUAUUUCGGGCCGCGCAGCCUGUCAUUGCGGCCCGCGGGCGGUUCCCGGCGGAAGGCAGGGCGAGGCCGCCGCCGAAGGGUCUUUGAAGCGCAGCGGCGCCGGGGCGGAGCGGGCGGCCGGGCCCCAGGGCGGGGGCAGCGCCUUGAUGUGCCCGCAGCGGGGCUUCUGCCGCCCGGCGGGGCCCGGCGGCCGCUCCCUGCCCGAGCGCGGUCGGUGUCCGUGUGCCUGCUGACGGGAGCCCCCCCGGGAAAAUCUCCCUGCGCGCCCGCUCGCUUAGUUGUUAAUUUGGCCCUCAGGGUCAGCCUUCAGAAAGGCCGCGGUGGGUGCGCGUGGUGGGACGAUGGCACCGAGCGGGCAGCCGUGCUCCUCAGCUGGCCCUCGGGAUCGCUCCCGUGCCCUGGGGCUGCCGGCUGCUGCGGCAGGACCCGUGGCCCAGCUGCCCUCCGGUCGGGGGGUGUGCCCGGCUGCCCCCCUCGGCGUGGCGGGAGCUCCCACCGGCACGGCACCGGGGCCCAGCUCGCUGGUUCCCCUGCGCCCACCGGUUGUGUCCUCCCGGAGCCCUGGGGUGCGCAGCCCAGGCCCCCCUGGGACAGCGUGGUACUCGGGAGCAGCUCGCGCCCAGUGCAGGGCACGCUAGAGGAGGACGUGGGGCUGCCGGGCUCGGCGUGCGGGGGACCUGCAUCCUCCCCAUCCCGCUGUCUCCUCCCAGCUGUGGGCUCGCAAGGAGUGGCGUUUGGUGGGAUAUAUAAAGGCAGGGGAACCUCAGCCGGCUCAAAAGAAACUCCUGGAGCUACUGGUGUUCUCCCUCCCUCCCUUCACGUGAUUCAGCUUCCCCACGCCAGGGGAGCCGAGGACAAGCCUCCCUGUAAGUACCCAAACCGAGCUGGCGUUGUGUAG